CAGAGAGGACUGAGCUGAGGCACUGGAUUUUAUCCUGAAAGAGAGGGUUAUGACAGAGGCAGAAAUGAGUUUUCAGCAAGAAGAGCAAGAGUUUGACUUCAGCUGUGUGUUUGAAGACCAUCAAGGUGCGCAGAAUGAACCAGACACAGAUGCAUACAACUACACCCCAAACAUCAGUCUUCCAAUUGGCAUGGGCAACCCCUGUCUAACAACGCAGUACCACACCUUGCAGUCCAGUCCUGUCAUCCCAGUUUCCUCUUGCCAUCAGACUGGCUACAACAUUCAAAAUGACAACAAUGCAGCAUCAGGUUAUUAUCUGCCUCAAAGCUUAAGACCUGGUGGAGCUCCAGCUCUGGAAAGCCCUCGUAUAGAGAUCACAGCCUAUAGCCAAUACCCAGAGGAUGACAUAGAAGCCAGCAGUAGAGAAGAUCACAUAAUCAAACGAGGCGUCAACUCCAUUGUAACCCUGACGUUGCCAAAUGUUGAUGGAUACCGUGACCCUAGCUGUCUAAGCCCUGCAAGCAGCAUAUCCUCCCGCAGCUGUAACUCAGAGGCUUCAUCCUAUGAGUCUGGCUUUUACAACUAUGACAAUUCCCCUCAGAACUCGCCCUGGCAGUCUCCCAGCGUUUCACCUAGAGGUUCAUCUUCACUUCUGUCUUGUCCACAUGCCAUCGGUCCUGCAGCCUCACCUCACCGUUCACCCUCUAACUCUCCUCAAAUAGGAGCUAUGGCAGAGGAAGGGUGGCCAACACAACCCCGUGGGUCCCGGCCCAACUCCCCUUCCUGCAGUGGAGUUAGUGGAGGAAACAGUGGUGGUAUGGGGAAAAGAAAGUACAGUUUCAAUGGCUCCUCUUACCAGCAGUCAUCAUGCUCCCCCAACCACUCACCCACCCCUUCUUCACACGGUUCCCCAAGAGUCAGCGUCACAGACGAGAACUGGCUUGCCAACACCAACCAGUACACCAACUCAGCCAUUGUAGCAGCUAUUAAUGCUCUCACUACAGAUGGAGUGGUCGACCUUGGGGAAGGAAUCCCAAUGAAGACACGGAAGACGAUGCUGGACCUCUCACCAUCUCUAAGUCUUAAGGUGGAACCUGGAGGUGAGGAGCUUGGUCCUGAAGGAGAACCUCGAAAUGAAGACUACUCCUCCCGCCUUACCCUUAAGAAGGAAAAUUACGGUGGAGGCUUCCUGGAUGUGCCCCAGCAUCCAUACUCCUGGCCUAAACAUAAGCCAUACCUCAGCCCUUCUCUGCCGGCUCUUGACUGGCAGUUGCCGUCCUGCUCCGGUCCGUAUAACCUGCAGAUUGAGGUGCAGCCAAAAUCCCACCAUAGGGCACAUUAUGAGACGGAGGGAAGCCGGGGAGCUGUGAAGGCACUGUCUGGGGGACAUCCUGUAGUUCAGCUUUAUGGUUACAUGGAAAGUGAGCCCCUCACCCUGCAGCUUUUCAUUGGGACGGCAGAUGAUCGCCUUUUGCGACCGCAUGCCUUCUACCAGGUCCAUCGGAUCACCGGCAAAACCGUCUCCACCGCCAGCCAUGAAGUCUUGCAAUCCAACACCAAGAUUCUGGAGAUCCCUCUGCUGCCAGAAAACAACAUGAGAGCCAUAAUUGACUGUGCAGGAAUCCUCAAGCUACGCAAUUCUGACAUUGAACUGCGCAAAGGAGAAACAGACAUUGGGCGGAAAAAUACUCGCGUGAGGUUGGUGUUCCGUGUGCACAUCAACCAGCCCAAUGGCAGGACGGUGUCGCUGCAGGCUGCUUCAAACCCCAUCGAAUGCUCCCAGCGUUCAGCUCAGGAGCUUCCCUUGGUGGAGAAGCAGAGUGUGGAGAGCUAUCCUGCCACUGGUGGCAAAAUGAUGCUGCUCGGCGGACUCAACUUCCUUCCCGAGUCCAAGGUGGUGUUCGUGGAGAAGGCACAGGAUGGGCACCAUUUGUGGGAGACAGAAGCCAAGGUUGACAAGGACACUGUCAAAUCUUACCAAUAAUUAAAACUGAACCGACCGAUGAGUAUGAUUCUAUUGGGAGUGUUGGGCUGUCUAUGCAUUCAAAGCCCUACUAUGGCCAGCCCAGGCUGACCUCCAUCAUGCCUGUUGCUGAACCUGACCCCUGCCUGGU